AUGGGGAAUAUGGAUGGAAAAGCAGUGGAGGAGUUAAGUUCCACAGAAAUCCACAGGUGGUACAAGAAGUUCAUGACAGAAUGUCCGUCUGGUCAACUAACUCAACAUGAAUUUAAACAAUUUUUUGGCUUAAAGAACCUGAGUCCUGCGUCAAACCAAUAUAUAGAACAAAUGUUUGAUACUUUUGAUUUUAACAAGGAUGGGUAUAUGGACUUUAUGGAAUAUGUUGCAGCACUAAGUUUAGUACUAAAAGGUAAAGUGGAACAGAAGCUGAGAUGGUACUUCAAGCUUUAUGACGUAGAUGGAAAUGGAUGCAUUGACAGAGGAGAACUGCUAAAUAUUAUUAAGGCUAUUAGAGCAAUAAACCGAUGCAAUGAUGAGAUGACCGCGGAAGAAUUCACAGAUAUGGUUUUUGACAAAAUUGACAUCAAUGGUGACGGUGAGCUAUCCCUAGAAGAAUUUAUGGAGGGUGUACAGAAAGAUGAACUUCUCUUGGAAGUACUAACCCGUAGCUUGGACCUCAAACACAUCGUCCACAUGAUCCAAAAUGAUGGGAAGAGGAUGGACAUCUCAGAAGUUCCCAGACAGGAAAUCCUCAGCGGAGCUCCCAACCCAUGA